AAGUGCCGCACGGCGAUGGCACGGCCUCGCGAGAGCCGAGCUCGGGAGCCACGCCCCCGAGGGUGGGAUACUGGGAAUCCGUUUGGACUUCCGCCGCUCGAGUGCGAUUGGGCCGCUGUGUCACGUGGCCCGGCGGUUACCGCGGCGACCGGACGGGCGCGCGCCGGGCCUCGCCCACCUUCCGGGCUGUCAAUGGGAGCCCCGAGCGCCCAGGAUGCGGGCGCCGGCCAGGGAGCUGUUCCGAGACGCCGACUUCCCCGCCUCGGACUCCUCACUGUUUUCCAGCUUCUCCACGCCGCUGGCCCAGUUCCGGGAGGACAUCACGUGGAGGAGGCCCCAGGUGCCAGGAAAGAUGAGAACAGAGAGAUGCCUGCUGGAUUUGACCACACAGAGGAGAUCUGUGCCACACCCCGGCUGUUUGCAGAUAACCCACAGGAAGGACAGGUGAAGCAAGGGCUGCUGGGAGACUGCUGGCUCCUGUGCGCCUGUGCUGCCCUGCAGAAGAGCCGGCGCCUCCUGGACCAGGUCAUUCCUCCAGGACAGCCGAGCUGGCUCGACCCAACGUACCGCGGCUCCUUUACCUGUCGAGUUUGGCGGUUUGGACGCUGGGUGGAGGUGACCAUAGAUGACCGUCUGCCUUGUCUUGCAGGGAGACUCUGCUUCUCCCGGUGCCAGAGAGAGGAUGUGUUCUGGCUUCCCUUACUGGAGAAGGUCUACGCCAAGGACCUGACAGCCAGGCCGGCGUGGGGACUGACUUGUCCAGAGACAGAAACUCUGAGACUCGGCCUGUGGUUUGCCCCAUCCCCGGCCCGCUCCCCCUUUCUCCGCACUCAUCUCAAAGUCGGGCAUGAAGGCAUCGCCUCCAGAGGGAGAGGGGUCUAUGGGUCCUAUGAGCACCUGUGGGCCGGGCAGGUGGCGGAUGCCCUGGUGGACCUCACCGGUGGCCUGGCGGAAAGGUGGAGCUUGAAGGACUUGGCAAGGACCGGCGGCCGACGGGACAGGCCUGGCGGCUCAGAGCACAGGACUUGUCGGCAGCUACUCAGCCUCAAGGACCGGUGCCUGAUAAGCUGCUCGGUGCUCAGUCCCAGAGCAGGUGCCAGGGAGUUGGGGGAGUUUCAUGCCUUCAUUGUGUCGGAUCUGCGAGAGCUCCGGGGGCGGACUGGCCAGGCCAUCCUGCUGCUGCGCAUUCAGAACCCCUGGGGCCGGCGGUGCUGGCAGGGGCCCUGGAGAGAGGGGGGCGAAGGGUGGAGCCAGGUGGACCCGGCGGAUGAGGCUACACUGCUGUCCCAGCUGCAGGAAGGGGAGUUCUGGGUGGAAGAGGAGGAGUUCCUCCAGGAGUUUGAUGAGGUCACCGUGGGCUUCCCGAUCACGGAGGCUGGCCACCUACAGAGCCUCUACUCAGAAAAGGAGCUGUGCCACACUCAGGAGCUACCCGGGGCCUGGGUCAAGGGGCAGUCUGCAGGAGGCUGUCGGAACAACAGCGGCUUUCCCAGCAACCCCAAAUUCUGGCUGCGGGUCUCGGAACCAAGCGAGGUGUAUGUCACCGUCCUGCAGAGACCCAGGGUGCGCACAGCAAACUGGGCAGGCCGGGCUCGGGCACCGUUGAGGGACGACCGUGCCUCAUGGACCCCGGCCAGCCUCCUGGGCAAGGACUACCAGGCCGUGGGCCUGCAUAUCUGGAAGGUGGAGAAGCGGCGGGUCAGCCUGCCCAGGGUUCUGUCCACGCCCCCCGUGGCUGGCACUGUGUGCCACGCCUACGACCGGGAGGUCCACCUCCGCUGUGAGCUCGGCCCCGGCUACUACCUGGCCGUCCCCAGCACCUUCCUGAAGGACGUGCCGGGGCAGUUUCUGCUCCGGGUCUUUUCCAGUGGGAGAGUCUCCCUCAGUGCCAUCAAGCCGGCGACCGCGAGCCCUGCCUCUGGGGAGGCCCUGCCCGCAGGGGAGUGGGAGACCGUGCAGCUGCGGGGCUCUUGGAGAAUCGGCCAGACGGCGGGGGGCAGCAGGAACUUUGCCUCCUACCCUGCCAACCCUUGCUUCCCCCUCUCGGUCCCUGAGGGCGCAGGGCCCCGCUGCAUCCGAAUCACUCUGCGCCAACACUGCCGUGACAGCGAGUGCCACCCCAUCGGCUUCCACGUCUUCCAGGUUCCGGUGGAUGGCGGGAGCCAGGGCGCGUCCCGCCUGCUGCUCCAGGACCCUCUGCUAAGCUGUGUGCCACACUGCUACGCCCAGGAAGUGAGCCGGCUCUGCCACCUGUCGGCGGGGACCUACAGGAUUGUGCCCUCCACCUACCUGCCAGACACAGAAGGGGCCUUCACGGUGACCAUCGCCACCAGAAUUGACAGGCGCUCCAUUCACAGCCAGGAAAGGCUGGGGCAGCUUCUCCAGGAGGCCUCCUUCAUGGCAGUUAUGAAAACCUAACUGGGUGACCCCCGUGUCGGCUCCGGUGACUGGGGGGUGAGAGGCCCCCCCUCCCACGGUGCCACCAGCCUCCAUGCUGUGGCUCACAGCCCCGAGUCGGACGGCUGCACGUGCCCGCGGGUCCUGCAGGGAGGUGGCCGUGGGGCGAAGCAGGUGCCUCGGAAAAGCAAAAACCGCUGCAUCGGGCGUCCUUGUUCCAUGGCGCUGAGGCCGGAGAGCCUCCCAGAGACCCUCGGCGGCAUCUGUCCCCAGCUCCGGAGAGAGGCCUCACAAGGGACAAGAGCGUGUCAGGACAAAUCUUGUUUAGAACUAGUUAUUACGGCAGACGUUUUUAGGAAGAAACUUUAUGAAUAAACGUGAGUACUGAGC